UGUCACAAAAAUUAGGUUAAUAUUUACACAUCAACUCUAGCAUUUUGAAAUCUGGGAUAAAGUACUUGGAAACAAUCUGCAGUAACUGAAAAUGGGUGAGAGAAAAGGCGUUAAUAAGUAUUAUCCCCCGGACUACGACCCUAGGGCCGGGGGAUUGAAUAAAUUUUUGGGGACCCAUGCUCUAAGAGAAAGAGCGAGGAAAAUAGAUAAAGGUAUUAUAAUAAUACGUUUCGAAAUGCCUUACAAUAUUUGGUGUGAGGGAUGCAAAAAUCACAUUGGAAUGGGUGUGCGCUACAAUGCCGAAAAGACUAAAGUUGGAAUGUACUAUACUACCCCCGUAUACGAAUUCAAGAUGAAAUGCCAUCUCUGUGAUAAUCACUUUGUUAUAAGAGCUGAUCCAGCUAAUCUUGAUUAUGUUAUACAAUCUGGAGCAAAACGACAAGAGAAUCGAUGGGACCCUACCAAAAAUGGACAAGUUGUCCCAGAAACUAAAGAAACCCAAAAACGGUUGUUUGAUGACUCCAUGUUCAAACUUGAACACGGGGAAGAGGAUCAAAAUAUAGCAAAUAGUGCGAAACCCAGGCUGUCAAAAUUAUUCAACAGGAACGAAGAUCUUUGGGCAGAUUCAUAUACCGCAAAUCAAAAACUUAGAGCAGAAUUCAGGAAAACAAAUUGUGAACUGAACCAAAAGACACUGAAGGACAAAUUACUUCUAAAAAAAUCUAGUCUGGACAUUCCUUUAUUGUCAGAGAGAGAAGAGGAUAAAAAAUAUGCAUCCUUACUUAGUAUGAAACUCACACCAUCCAAAAGCAUAUCGGAACUUACAGAAGAUAUAAGGAAAGAAAUAAUAUCGCAGUCAUCUUUACCGACAAGUAACUUUUCUCGACACAAAGAAGAAAAAGCUAUGAAAAUUUUGAAUUCCACUAAGAAGGACUUGGGAAUCAUGCCAAAGAGGAGUAGUUCAGAAAUGGUGACAAAUCAAGAUAUUAAGAAGCCAAAAACAAGUUUAGUUGGCGAUUAUGGAUCAAGCAGUGAAUCGGAAUGAACAUUUUCAUUAGAUUUUCGGGAAAAAAAUAUGACUUGAAAGCAUCUGCAAGCUUGAAAACUGGUAGAGCUGAAGUGACUACACGUUUAUCAAAAUUCUGAAAAUCAUACAAAAACAUUCUGUUCAAAAAUAACUCAAAUAUUCGAAAUGUAUAUUACUAGUCAGA